AUGGAAGGACAGACGCCUGCAAAGUUGUCACUCGACUCGCUCAUGUCAACAGUGUUGCCAUCACUCGACGCCAACACCCCCUCAGUGAAUGCAUCAAAAAAGUUCAAACGUGUUCGUCCAACAGCCUCUACUCAACCUGCACCUUCUUCCGCAGGAGCAGCCGCGGUGACGACGCCACACGUUCCAAAGAACGUGCUGUCAGAUAUCGCAGCAGCCGCACAAGCGGCCUUUACGGCGCCAACAUCUUUUACGCCCGCACCAACAACAGCCGCCAUCAACGAGAACCAGACCAACACCAACAAUCUUAGUAAUAGUGCUAAGAAGCGGAAUAGGAAACUCAAGAGGAAAAACAACAGCAACAAUCAAGGCGGCCCAACAGGCUCGAUUCCCGCACCCUCAGAAACAAAAAAAAACCAAGCAGGGCCACCAUCAAACCAGAAGCAAGGAGCAAAGAGAAAAAACAAUGUCAACGCUAAUCUGGGCAAGAAUUACAAAAGGUCGAAGUACGACCCACAGAUGAUUGCACGGAAUCUGGAUGCUCAACCUGAACUCGUCGGGGUGUCCAAGGACGACGAUUUUUCGGAACUCCUGAUUCAACAUGUCACACAUACCAACAAGAUGCUUCAACGUGACCUCCAAGAACAAAGCAGGAACAUGUUGGCGGAGCAAAAGCGGCAGGCGGAACUCUUGGCCGCCCAGGUAGCAGGACUGACUGCGCCUGCCGACACUGCCGCUGCACCUGCCGACACUGCCGCUGCACCCUCAACAACCCCCACCCCCAGGCAGGACCAGCAGCACAGGCAUCAACAUAAUAUCAACAAUCAAAAAUCAGCCCUUCAAAACAAAAACAACCAGGGCAACAACAGUAACAAUGGACAACCUCAUCAGAAGCGCCAGCAGACACCCUUUGUGCCCAAGAAGGAUUGCAUGUACUUUUUGCAAGGCGAAUGUCGAAAGGCGGUUUGCACGUUCAAGCACGAUAUUGAAGCUCAACAGGCAGCUAUGGCAGCCAAGGAAGCAGACUCGACGAUCAUGCGAGAAGCGAGCAGGAAGGCGCGUGGAGUAUGUAACUUUGAGAAGGUUGGCUCCUGUGCCAAGGGAGACAUGUGCCCGUUCUCCCACGAUCUCAGCGAAGAACCCUGCACGUACUACCAUCUUCGAGGCAUUUGUGAGCGAGGAGAUAACUGUCGAUUCGGUCACACACCCAUCGCGCCCGAGCGGUUGCGCAAACUGCGCGAAGACCUGGAGGUCAAGUUGAGGGAGAAGAACGAAAUGCAGGCUAUGGCUAAUGCCAACUUUAUACCGAAUGCCAAUGCUACCAUUAACCCGCCAGGCGCAGUUGUUGCGCCGCCUGCGUUUCAGAUGGGGGUUGUUAGCCAUGGCACCCAAGGACUCGCGCAGAUUAACCCCCAAGGAUACACUCCAGGACACCCUCAGCUUGGCCCCCAAGGAUACACCCCAGGACACCCUCAGCUUGGCCCUCAAGGAUACAUCCAGCACGGACCAUGA